CUGGACGGCUCUCAAAUUACAAUGGAGCUGCUAAGACCUCCGAGCCAUAGAGGGCGUGCGAACCUAUAUCUGUGAACCUAUGUAUCCUCCGGCAGAUUGCGGGAAAAUUAGAAAAGAUGUCGGAAGCUGGAGUUGCUCCCAUUGAAGAUGGGUCUCAGAACAGCUCAGGAGGCAGUAGUGGAGAUGCAGCACUUAAAAAAAGCAAAGGAGGAGCAAAGGUUGUAAAAUCACGUUACAUGCAAAUUGGCAGGAGCAAGGUUUCAAAGAAUAGUUUGGCCAACACAACAGUCUGCUCAGGUGGUAAAGUCCCAGAGAGAGGAAGUGGAGGAACGCCAACACGCAGAUCUUUAGCACCUCACAAGGCAAAGAUUACAGCAGCUGUGCCUUUACCUGCUCUUGAUGGAAGCAUAUUUACAAAAGAAGAUCUGCAGUCUACUUUGUUGGAUGGCCACAGGAUUGCCCGUCCGGAUCUGGACCUAUCUGUUAUUAAUGAUAGAACUUUGCAGAAAAUUACCCCAAGGCCAGUUGUGACUUCAGAACAGAAAAAGCCUAAAAGAGACACCACCCCUGUAAACCUUGUGCCUGAAGAUAUGGUAGAGAUGAUUGAGUCACAGACAUUGCUGUUAACAUAUCUAACCAUAAAAAUGCAGAAAAAUCUGUUUCGCCUGGAAGAGAAGGCUGAGAGAAAUCUUCUUCUAGUAAAUGACCAAAAGGAUCAACUGCAGGAGAAGAUACACAUGAUGAAAAGGGACCUAACCUUGCUGCAGAGGGAAGAGAGGCUUAGGGAUUUGAUUGAGAAGCAGGAUGAAGUUCUCACGCCUGUUGUUACUUCCAAGGACCCAUUCAAGGACAAUUAUACAACAUUUGCCACAGCCCUGGACUCUACUAGACAUCAACUGGCUAUUAAGAAUAUUCAUAUUACAGGCAACCGUCACAGAUACCUAGAGGAACUCCAAAAACAUUUAGCCAUUACCAAAUCCCUUCUGGAAGAAAUAAUGCCAAGCCAUGCCAGUGAAAAUGCAGAAUCAUUUGAUACAAUAAAGGACUUGGAAAAUAUUGUGCUCAAAACAGAUGAAGAACUUGCACGGAGUUUUCGCCAGAUUCUUGACUUGUCAUUCAAAGUCAAUAAGGAAAUUUCAUUACAAAGCCAGAAAGCAGUCGAGGAGACUUGUGAAUCAGCUUUGGUGAGGCAGUGGUAUUUUGAUGGAUCCCUACCUUGAUCAAUUCUAUCUACUGUAAUCCAGAGCUUUUCUCUCUUCAACCAAAACAUUCAGGAAAGCAAUGUAUAAGGAUAUGCUUAUUUUCUUAAGUCUAUCUGGUGCACUUAGUUACACUGCUAUAUUAAAUGCGCUUAACUGUUUAAAAAAAAAAAAAAUACACACCUUGACCAAACACUUGAAAAUGUAAAUAAAAUAGUCUAAUUGUAGCAA